GACGCCGACGUGAUCCGCGCCUGCUUGACCGCCUCAAGCGCCUCAUUCACCUGGCCGACAAGCAGGCGGAGCCGCCGACCCACAAAGAGCUCGUGGCCACGCUCAAGCGCCCCUUGCAGGACAGCGGGGGCACGGCGUCUGCACCCUCGGCCGCUGGCGUUUCGGAGCCGCCUGCCGCCAAGUCCAAGAUUGUCGAGCCCCUGCCCCACCCGUGGGGGUCAGAAUCAGUGUGGCAGGCGGCUCAUGUCAAGACAAGGGGCAUGAUUCUGAGCGCCCUCCUGUCGUGGCAUGCCAGGGCCGCAAGGAGCACGACGGUGUACAUGACUGGUGGCGGGCGAAAGGACUACGCAGAGGACUGGCUGUUCCAACGGGCGAACGAAAAGCCUGUGGCGGUGGCCUCGCUAGUCCUCAAUGCCGAGCUCGCGAAACACAUUUUGAAGACCAAGGGGGCGGUGGCGUACGAGACGGAGUUCACUGCAAUCCUGAUCGUUGCCGCGUCCAAGGGGUCGUCGCUGGUCCCCGUGUGGCACAAGCUCAAAGACGACGAGGGCAAGACCUCGUAUUUCCGAAAGGUGCUGGCAGUCUCCGUUGCUGCCAAAGGGCGCCUAGUCUACAG